UCAACCAAAAUAUUUUUUACGCCUGGCAACGCCUUUAUUUCUACAACUCGAAGACGCUAUAAACAAGGAAUUGUUUCUGACGUGUUGCCUAGAAUAAAUGGAAUAAUUUCAACUUUAGCUUAAAGCAUUUUACUAUUAUCUGGUCAGCCCCUAAUCCGCCCUGUCGAAGCGAAAGCCCAUUCAACCCUUGGCCGGGGACUUUCGGUCUCCCGGCCAAGGACCCAACUCGGACGGCCCAGCCAACAACAAAAAGAAGCCAAGACGAGGGUCCAAUAAUGCUGCAGCUCAGGCGGCGCAGCAGUCUCCAGCAAUCAAUGAUCUUGUUCCACCUCCUCUGACAGGUUAUGGUGAUACUAUCAUUGCCUCAAAUCCUUUUGAUGAUACACCACCACCCCAUGCAAUGAUGCACCAAGGUCCUGGCCCAAUGUCUGGUCAAGGACCUGGAGGUAUGGGAGGUCCUCCUGGAAUGAUGGGCCAUAUGGGUAUGGGUGGAAUGAAUGGCAUGAACCAUGGUGGCCAUAUGGGUCCAAUGGGACAAAUGGGUGGAAACAUGAACAACAUGGGCGGCAUGAACAUGGGUCCCGGACCGAUGGGGCAUGGUGGGAUGGGUGGUGGCGCGGGACCGAUGGGGCCAAUGGGCAGUCCAGCGUGCAAUGUCUUUGGUCAACCCAACUCAGGUGGCCCACCUGGUCCUAAACCUAUGCCAGUCUCGGCCGGCAAAAUCUACCCACCUGACCAGCCUAUGGUUUUUAACCCACAGAACCCUAAUGCCCCACCUAUCUAUCCAUGUGGUAUUUGUCACAAGGAGGUCCACGACAACGACCAAGCAAUACUAUGCGAAUCCGGAUGCAAUUUUUGGUUUCACAGGAUCUGUACAGGAUUGACCGAGGCGGCUUACCACUUGCUAACGGCCGAAGUUUAUGCCGAAUGGGUGUGCGACAAGUGCUACCAAUCCAAAAGCAUCCCAAUGGUCAAGUUUAAACCUUGAAAAAAUUAUAAUGUCGUUAUCCUACCAAAAUGCUCGCAUUGAUUUUGUCUUGCCUACCCUAUCAGACAUCAGAAAGCCACAUUUUUUAAAAUUUCUUAUUCUCUUCUAUCAUCGACUCGAAGUGUUGUAUUACGUUGUUUAUUAGCCGCAAAACAUGAAACAAAACAAUAAUCACAA